AUGGCAGAGAAGGAAGGAGCAAUUGUGAAGAAGGGGCAUGAGGAAGGUUUCAAAAUGAUGAUUUCCCUACUCGAAGAAUUCGAACUCCCACUUGGGAUCUUCCCUGUUGUUGAUGUGAUCGAAGUGGGGUUUGUGAAGAACACAGGCUACAUGUGGAUCAAGCAAGCAAAAAAAGUUGUGCACAAGUUCAAAAUGCUUCCCUCACCGGCAAGUUAUGACACUGAAAUAAGUGGAUACAUUGAGAAGAAGAGAAUCAAGAAGCUCAAGGGAAUGAAAGCUAAGGGGCCCAUAGUGUCGCCUUCAGUUACUGAGAUGAUUGUGGAGGAUCCUCCCACGGGUAAUAUUCAACUGAAGGGUUUGGCUGGCAUCAGCAUAACUAUCCCACUGGAAUAUUUUGCUGCUGGACAGUAA